AUGAACCAGCCGUUAGCUCUGCACAUCCUAUACACUACCCUACCUUACCUCAUCCACAUCUCGUCGCGCGUGCCCUGCGGCCAAGCAGAUUCUGGUUUGGAAUCAAGACAUGGUCUCGGCGCAGAGGCCCGCUUAUCCGCAUGGGAGCUGGUGAGAGUUGACGCAGAUUAG